CACCCCAGCUACACUCUGCAUCAUCUUCUACUGGGGGCUCCAGGACCCCUGCCAUGUCAUCAUCUUCCUCAUCACGGGUCUUGCUGUGGCAGCAGCUAAUGCGAGCCCAAGCCCAGGAGAUGGAGAGGCGUGAGCAUCGGGAACAGGCUGCAGCCACUCCCUUCCCCAGCCCUGCACCUGCCUCUCCUGCCAUCUCUGUGGUUGGCAUCUCCGCCGGGGGCCACACAUUGGGCCGUCCUCCCCCUGCUCAGGUGCCCAGAGAGGUGCUCAAGGUGCAGACCCAUCUGGAGAACGCUACACGCUACCACCUGCAGCAGGCCCACCGGCAGCAGGUGAAACAGUACCUGUCUACCACAUUGGGGCCCAAGCUGGCUUCCCAGGCCCUCACCUCUCCACCAGGGCCUGCUAGCACCCAGCCACUCCCCACCCCUGAGGCUGCCCACACUACCGGCCCCACAGGCAGCACUCCCAACAGCCCCAUGGCACUGCUCACUAUUGGGUCCAGCUCAAAGAAGGAGAUUGAUGAUGUCAUUGAUGAGAUCAUCAGCCUGGAGUCCAGUUACAAUGAUGAAAUUCUCAGUUUUCUGCCUGGAGGCACUGCAGGACUGCAGCUCCCCAGCAUGCUCCCUGUGUCAGGGAAUCUGCUUGAUGUGUACAGUAGUCAGGGUGUGGCCACACCGGCCAUAACUGUCAGCAACUCUUGUCCAGCUGAGCUGCCCAACAUCAAACGGGAAAUCUCUGAGAUGGAGGCGAAGGCCCUUUUGAAGGAACGGCAGAAGAAAGACAAUCACAAUCUAAUUGAGCGUCGCAGGCGGUUCAACAUUAAUGACAGGAUCAAGGAGCUGGGCACCCUCAUCCCCAAGUCCAGUGACCCUGAGAUGCGCUGGAACAAGGGCACCAUCCUGAAGGCCUCUGUGGAUUACAUCCGCAAGUUGCAGUAGGAGCAGCAGCGCUCCAAAGACUUGGAGAGCUGGCAGUGAUCCCUGGAACAGGCCAAUUGCAGCCUGCAGCUCUGAAUUCAGGAGCUAGAACUGCAGGCCCAGAUUCAUGGUCUGCCAGUACCUCCUACCCCAGGGCUGCUUUCCCUGGCCACAACUUCAGCCUCUGACAGCCUCAAGCCAGAGCAGCUGGAUCUGGAGGAAGACGGCAGGCCAGGGGCAGCAACAUUUCACUUAGGAGGGGGACCUGCCCAGCAGCCCCCAGCACCGCCCUCGGAUGCCCUUCUGGACCUGCACUUUCCUAGCUACCCCCUGGGGGACCUGGGGGACCCCUUCCACCUGGGGCUAGAGGACAUUCUGAUGGAGGAGGAGGAAGGGGUGGUGGUGGGGCUGUCAUCCCCACUGCAGGCCGCCUCCGACCCCCUGCUCUCUUCGGUGUCCCCAGCCAUCUCCAAGGCCAGCAGUCGCCGCCACAGCUUCAGCAUGGAGGAGGAGUCCUGAUCAGGCCUCACGCCUCCCCUGGGACUCCCCCACUCAGGAAAGGAGGACUAGGCAGGCUGAGGCCCCGCCUCCCCCCCCAUCACCCAGCUCUCCCAACCCACAGGUCUGUCCUGUCCAGGUGUUCUGGGGGAAGAAGAGAUGUGAAUAGGCCCACCCAUUAAGAAUUUUUUUGUUCUUCCCCCAAAGAACAUCCGGGCACAGGUAUUUCUGACAGGGAGGAGGCAGUGAGAUCAGGCUCUGCCCCCCUGGAGAUCCCUGCCUUCCUCCUGUCUCUAUGGGACCCCUCCUUGUCCAGGGAAGGUGGGAAGGACACAGGAAGAGGCCCUGCCCCUGUCCCCUCAAGGACUGUCCCAGCCAGGCCUCCUGGGUAAAGGAGGUGUCAUGCUGCUGCUGCACUCCUUCUCUUGGAACCCUCAGUCUAGUCUGUCCUGGCAAGGAAGAGGUGUCAAUAUGUCAGUGGUCCCACCUGUGGGGGUUUAGCCCUGCACCUUCCCUGGGAACCCCACCCUGCCAGGGCAAGGCAAAGAAGUGAGGCCCCUGGGAACUCAGUCGGGGACUUCUAGGAAUGGAGGAGUCAGGCCCUGCCCCUUCACCAUAGGAACAGCUCAGCGCAGGUAUUUCAGGUAGGGGGGAUGUCUAGUCACCUCAAAUCACAGCUACGUCCCAUCCGAGCAUUCCACACCAUGGGGAGGGGUGGUACUUAGGCUCCCCCACCUUAACCUGGGACCAACCUGACUUAACCUACUGGGGCCCUGAGCAGGCCUUGCCCUUGCCCUUGGGGAAGGGAACAGAUCUUGAAACCACUAGCAUUGGGAAAAACAGUGCUUCCUUCCACAGAGUGGAGGUGAGGGUCACUUUUGUGAGGUGAUGGGAACUAGAGGGAUGGAAUUCAGGUUCCCAGAACCCGUACCCCACUACCCUUUUUCAGCUUGUGGAGGAACAGACAGGAGGAAGGGGCCAUUGCUGGGAAUUCCCUGGCCCAGGAAAAAGUGGAGACCAUGCCGCCACCAAGCCAGAGGCUUGGAGGGAGGGUUGCAAAAGUGUAUUUACUUCCCCCACCUCUUUGUUUAUCUGAUUUUUUUUAUUGAGCCCCCCACUCAGAAGUUAGGUAACCCCCACCCAGUUCUCCAUUUGGGGAAAUCUCCCCGCCCCCACUUUCAGAGUUAUCAACAGACACUCCCUCACACCAUCCCUACCCUUCCUACCACAAACACCCAUGGUUGUCAGUUUGGGACCUACAGACCCCUGGUGGAUGUAAUGAGGGGGGUCUGUAGGUUUGUGAUUAAAAUAAUAAAG